AUGCAGUGCCAGCCUGAGAGAGCUGAAGCGUGGACUCAGACUGGGAAAGCCACAGAAGCAAAGCUACCCGAGGACUUGGGGACCCAACCCCCAUACCAGUGUACAGAGAAGGUCAAACAUGGAGUCAAGGUACUCCCUCAAAAGAAAGAUGUGAAACCGGGCAUGACUUUCUUGUUUGAACUUUUCCUCCUUCGUGGGACGUCAGCUUGCCUUGACCUGGUUGUGGGUUGGGCAGUCUUCCCUUUGUGUGAUAACAACUUUGAUGCAGUGGAGGGAAAAUUCAAGUGUCCCCUCCCCCAGGGACAUUAUGACCAGAACCUUGGCAACUUCAGGGAAAUUGAAGAUGUGAUUUGCCUGGACUUGGACCACUGGCUGUGCAAUCUCUAUUUUCAGGUUUGCAAAACUUCUUUAUAUUAGGAUGAACACAAAAACAAGGAAAGCCACACUUGGCUUUUGCCUGAAUUUUCAGUUUGUUUAAUGGCUAAAGCAGAGUAAGUAGAAGCAGGCAUCAAAAAUACAGCUGACUCUGCAGAGAAAGAAGCAGAGCAAAACACCUGGAGCAUUUCUAAUAAAAUUGUUCCCUGCCCUAUGGACUGUGAUCUCAAUCUCUUAAAAGAAGACCAUGAAUUAUACUGUAAGGGAGAUAGCCUGACUGGUCAUUCUGUGAAGGAAAAAUCAACUGUUUGGAGAACUGGAGAAUUUAAAGGUUAUUCACAGGAUAUAUCUUACUUGGAGGAACUGGAGAAACACCGAUUUCCAGUAUGCUGUUCUUCAGUUGCUGAUGAUAGUGAAUCUGGAGAAUUCUUCAAGCACCUCCGUUUUGUGCUGGUGUCAGUAUUUCCAGAACUCCAGUUAGCUGGAUGGCAAAGCCAGGGCUUCUGGUACAUUGUCCUGCUGAUGGUUUCUCUCUGGUUCCUGAGACUCUACUGGCAUUACCUUGCCCAGUGGCUUUUCCUCCAUGCCAUUUCAACUCCAGUUACCAAGUUCCAUUUUUUCCCUCACACUGUUGAGCUUUGCUACCCAACUUCUGCACUUUGCAUGGCAGAAGAGCUGCCUGUGGUCGCGGUGGGGCCUUUGAUGCUGAAUGCAGUCUUCCUCCUUUUGGUUCUGAUCCGAUGGGGCUGUCAGCUAGUGUUUGCCUCCUGCCCUGAUGUCUUGUCAAAGUUAAUCAUUGCCAUGGGACUAUGGACAGUUCUAGACCCAUUGGCAGUGUUUGUGGUGGAUGCUUUCCUGGGGCGGCUUACACAUAAUGUGGAACCGCCUGUAGCUGAUGCGGCGAAGCUCUAGUGCAUGUUUGUAAGGACCACACAACCAGGAGUCCUUGGUGCAGUGAUCAUGGUGCUGCUUUACAUCCUCCUGUUCAUCAUUUCUUCUUUGAUUUUAUAUGUGGACUGUCUCAGGUUGCACAGUGAUUCUUGGACACUAGAUGCAUUUCAGCAUAUACAGAGUGAAGAAACCAAGUUUUUUAUACCGUAUGACUUGGAGAUUUCCAAUCAGGAGCUAAGUUACGUAGUGAAAAGAUCUGUGCUAUGGAGAGGAGCCAAUGGUGAAAGAAAAAAG